AGGGGGGAUGCAUUAGCCGAGGGCACCUUCCUGCUCCUCCCCUUCCCAGGAUCAAAAACUUGGGAUUUGAAUUUUAAUAAGGGGGGGAUUUGCCUCUGCAGGGCUGCAGAUCUUCCGCAGCGGGGCUUUGUGCCGUGGGGCUGGGCGGAGAGGAGAAGGCGCCGAGCGAGAGCGCUGGCUGGGGCGAGGAGCAGCACGGAGCCUCCCGAGUAGGACGCAGGCAGAUCCAGCUGCCGAGGAGGAAAGGGAGAAACAUCUGGAGGAGCCUGCAAGGCAGGAACAACACGAAGCUGCUUGGAUGGGAAACCUGUUGGCUGCAGGUUCAGCUGGUUUCUUUCAGUUAGCCAUGACUGCUGGGCUGCAUGAGAAAGCCUGUCUAUCCAGUCCCCACAGUGGCAGAUGUUAAGUGGCCGGAGGUGUUACGUACGCCCAGGUGCUGAUCUAUCCUUUCACCUGGUCUGAGGUAAAAAACUUGGGAUUUUGAAGGGGAUACUAGGCUUGAGCACUUGAAUUGAGAGUGAACCAACCCUAGGAAGACGGGGCAGGUGUGGACCUACUUAUGAGGAGCUAAACUGGGGACAACACCUUGUGGAAAUGGAGGAACAAACCCGAGCAGGUGCUGAGCCAGGAGAAGGAUCUGGGAGAUCAGGAAGAGGCACUUUUCCAGUCCAGUCUGGUACUCCCCGGGAUAUGUCCCGAUGGGCAACGCCGCGGCAGGAAGGGAUACCCCAGCGCUUGGAAGCCCAGUGGCAAGAGUACUUGAAAACAGUCCAGUAUCCCUCUUCAGGGUGGGGAACGCCACAGCUGCCGGACUUGGCUUCGUGGGAUGACUUGGCCACCUUUGACCGUGUGGUGGGUGCCUGCCAGUGGUCUAGAGAAGGGAUUAGCCGCCUCAUGCCCACUCUCAGCGCGGAAGCCCAGCAGGCCUUGAGCAGCCUGAAUGCCAGAGACAGAGGGGACCACGGGAAGGUGAAAGCAGCUGCCCUGCGAGGCAGCUCCAGUGUUGCCGAGAUGCAGCGCCAGCGCUUCCGCCAGUUCUGCUACCGGGAGGUGGAGGGGCCUCGCGAGGCCUGCAGUCGCUUACGGGAACUCUGCCAUUGCUGGCUGGAACCGGAGAGCCGCACGAAGGAGCAGAUCCUGGAGCUGCUGAUCCUGGAGCAGUUUCUGACCGUGCUGCCAAAGGAAAUCCAGAACCGGGUCCGAGAACGCGGACCCGAGACUUGUGCCCAGGCGGUGGCCCUGGCUGAAGGAUUCCUUCUGAGGCAGCAGGAGAGUUUGCAGAGUGAACCACAGGACUCUGGUUCGUUCCGGGAGACAGCCAUGAAUCUCUCUGAAGGCCAGCGGGCUGUGUCUGAUGCCAGACAGAGGCAUCUUGCUAAGGAGGCCCGACAGCAGGAUAAUGGGAAGACCAGCUUAUUAGGUGCCAAGAAUGCAAACAGAGCUGGUGGUCCAUUUCAUCAAGGGGCCAAGGAAGAGGGAACACGUUCUACUUCCGGGCUGAUUCCUAGGAAGGAGAAAUCCCACAUCUGUAUCGACUGCGGCAAAUGCUUUGCACGUCCAUCUGACCUGGCUAAGCACGAGAACAUCCACACCGGUGCAAAGCCCUUUCGCUGCAUGGAGUGCGGAACGAGAUUCAGCCAGCUGUCUCACCUGACCCGACACCAGAGGAUUCACACGGGGGAAAAGCCACACAUGUGCACCGAGUGUGGCGCAUCCUUUGCCCAGCGGGCCUCUCUGGUUAGCCACCAAAGAGUCCACUCCGGGGAGCAGCCCUACCGCUGCUCUCACUGCCAGCAGUGCUUCAGCCACCAGUCGGCACUCAAGGUCCACGAACGCAUCCACACGGGGCAGAAGCCCUACAUCUGCCUGGAAUGCGGGAAGAGGUUUGUUUCCUCCUCCACGCUGAAGAUACACAAGAGGAUCCACACGGGAGAGAAGCCGUUUUCCUGCGCGGAAUGCGGGAAGCGGUUCAUCCAGCGCUCCAACCUCAUCUCUCACCAGCGAACGCAUUCCGGAGAGAAGCCCUUUUGCUGCGGCGUCUGCGGGAGAAGGUUCAGCUACCCGUCGGACCUCACCAGGCACCAGAAAAUCCACACGGGAGAGAAGCCCUUCCCCUGCGACGAGUGCGAGAGGCGGUUCACCAGGUUCUCGGAUCUUCUGAUACACCGCAGGAUCCACACCGGGGAGCGGCCCUACCGCUGCCUCGAGUGCGGGAGAAGGUUCCGGCAGAAGAGCGCUCUGGUGACGCAUCAGAGGAUCCACACAAAGGAGAAAGCGGCCGAGAAAAGCAAGCCUCUGGUAUGCACAGAGUCGCAGGCAAAGAGCAAACUGAAAGCAAGCGAGACUGAAGAGAAGGUAGACGUUUCAGAUAAAGAAAAGAAAGAUGUGUCAAGAGUUUAGAAGGAACCAGGCUCAGCGUGUUCUCCCAGCUCCUGACUCCUUUCAGCCUUACGGAGGGAGGGAAAUGCUAGAGGUUGUGCUGAGGUUUCUUCUGGGUUUGCUGAUAGGUCUCAUUCCUCUUCCAUGCCUGACCCCACUCAAGGACAUAGCUUGACUUUGUUUGGGGACAACGUAGCUCAGGACAUAAUAGAAGGUGUGAAUAAUCUGCUUUUUCCUUGCCCCCAGUGAUCUGGCUACUGCGACAGACUCACCAGGGCAUUCAGGAAAGAUUGCUUCCCUCUGCAGUG